UUGAGGCCAAACUAAGAAGCAGAAAAUUAAUUAUGCUCAAUUUUCGAGUUUUUCCUAAACUGCUGCUCCUCAUUGGGGCGAUAAUUUUGAUAAAUUUGUGUUCAACAGAAGCAGCUGGGUUGUUUUACGACCUAUCUGAAGGAAACCCGGGUUUAGUGACUCCGUGCGCCGUUCACAGUCUGACGGACGCCUUCAAAUUGGAGAACGCCACAAAUUUUGACCCUGAUUUCACUGGACAGGUGUUCGUGUCCAGGACGUUCAAAGACAUGGGAUGUCUGCAAACGCCAGAAUGGGUUGAGGUGCACGAAAAUUUUUCCUUCAAAGCGCUAUUGCAUUUGCCCAAGCCAAUCCCCAUCGCCUACCCGGUGCCCAUUUUCUACUCGUACCUCUGGACCGAGCAAAAAGAACUGAUCCCGCUGGCCUAUCACAUGGGACCUGUUGAAGAUUCGUGGGUCCGAGUGCAGCACGCGGUGCCACACUAUAUCGCGUACCCCUUCAAAGCAAAGGUUGAAAUCAGAAGUGAUUUGUUCACCGCAGAAUACGUGGCCAUUCGCUGGUUUGGACUCUCGGACGAGGCCCUACCACCCGUGCAGCCCUGGAAAUGAAAUAGAAGUUCUUGAGAAUUUUAAAAUUCCGAUCUUCAAAAGCACGUUGAAGCAAGUAAACGCCAAGAAAUAUUGUCAACCUAUUUUAGCUGAAGAUCGUACCUUAUAAUUAGUUUCUCAUGUUUCCGCUCAUGUCUUGAAUAUUUUUUAUCAAUAAUAAUUAAAUAAUGAAGUUCAAUAUUUUAACUUUUUGUAUGCGUUAUAAAAAUUAUAAUGAAAAAUAAUCUUUCCUGUUUUCAAAUUAACAAAUAUGCCAAAUAUGAUAAUAUAUUGUGUAUUAACAUGAUAACACAAUGCCAUAAUAUAUAAAUAAUAACUUCCAACCUACAUUUUUCCAUUCCAUUC